AUGUCGUCUUUGCCCACCGUGCUUGAGGAAGCAUGGAACCAUGCACAACCAAGGAUAUCUCAGAUUAGGACUUCGUUGACCUCAGCGGACUCAGGUCGCCCACGGAUCAUUCGCGUCGGACAACUUGACGCUGAGCUCCUGGAUCAAGAGCUAGCACAGCUGCUUCAGGAGCCCAUCAACAAGACAUUAUCUCUCAUUAACUUGACGCUUUAUAAACUGUCUGUAUGGAAUACCGGGGCGACAUAUGGCGCCAGACUCCAAGAUCUUCGAUAUGUGGUCCAAAAUAUCUCCUCAAGUCGUUUAGCUCAUGCACCAUCUUCCGACUAUCGCCGCAAGGUGUGGGACGCACUUUGUUCUGUUGAGUCUAUAUACGGUUUACUAGGACUCGCCAACUUUGUCGCCUUUCUCUGGGGUGGAAAAUAUCGCACAUUGGCGGAUAGGAUUUUACGAAUGAACCUUGUACCAUCCAGAAGACUAGUGAAACGCGAUGUCAGCUAUGAGUUUAUGAAUAGACAGAUGGUCUGGCACGCAUUUACUGAAUUCCUUCUUUUCUUGCUACCUCUAAUCAACGCGAGAACCAUCCGUCGACGUGUCUAUCGCCUGACAUCCCUCUUAACACCUCUUUAUUCGAUAUCGCCUUUCCGAAGCAUACUCCAGCUAAAACCAGUCUCCAACGAAAAUUCAAACUCUCCUUUGAAACGUGGCAAACUAUGGUCAAUUCCUCAGGAUCAAUGUGCUAUCUGCUUUGAAAACGCUAGAUUCAAUUUGAACAUUUCGGAGCCCACGAAUAUGUUUACUUCAUUAGCCGCGUCCACUGAUGUCCCGUCAGGCGGGCAAUCCAACUCAGAACCGCCUACCUAUCCCAUAUACAAUCCUUAUCAGACUUCAUGUGGGCAUAUUUAUUGCUAUCAUUGUGUAGCAGAACGAAUGAUACGCACUGCCGAUGAAGCGGAUGACGAGCUUGGCUGGGAGUGUUUAAGGUGUGGAGAAGAGGUGAAAGAAGUUCAUCGAUACGCGGUCGACGUUAUCGAAAGCGAAGUCAGCGAAAGUGAUUAUGAAUUCAGUAGUGAUCUAGAUAUGGGUACAGAUUUAUCGGGCUCCAUGGGAAGCUAUAGCGAAUCUGGAUUUUCGGAAUAA